AGUGAUAUAAUUGUGGACAAGAUUAAAAAAGGCAAUAAAACUAUGGAUUGGCGCGAAAAACUUUUCGGGCGUGCACUUGUAAAAUGCGAUGCACCUGGUACGCAAAAUGGUAAAUUCGAAAAUGUACCAACUCUUGAAGCGUUAGCCGACUGUGUUGAAGAAGGGGAUGGUGCUGUUUGUGGUAUAUACUUUUCGUUUGCUAAUAUCAGUGAUGCUAGUGAUGACUUCGGUGUUCGCUUGGAGCAGGUUUAUAAAGCGGUUCAUCCGAGAUUGAAGGUGGUCGAGGUGGUGCUUUGGGCUCAUGUGGGUACUCCGGAGGGUCCAGUUGAAAGAGAAGCUGGUUUUCGUCGCACCCUUACUGGAAAACCGUGGUUCGCUGUGCCAUUUCACGACGUUGAUACGAAGCGCCGUCUGACGCAAAAAUACAGCAUAGCUGUGGGUGUACCAACUCUAGUCAUCAGAGGGAGAGGGGUUCGAGACGCUCUGCUAAGUGACCCAACAGGGGAGGGGUUCCCCUGGCCAGCCCCACCGCUCAACGAAGUGCUAAGGGGCAUUCAGCUACAGGGCGAGCAGUCUAAGCUGUAUGAAGAAUUAUCUGCGAAUGCUAUUAGGGUGUUCUACUUUGCAGCUCAUUGGUGCCCGCCAUGCCGAUCGUUUGCGCCGAGUUUAUGUUCAACGCUGUCAGCCGUCCGCAAGCGCAGAGCCAAAUAUGCGAACACGCAGCUUAUACUCGUUUCCAGCGAUAGAUCAGAACAAUCAUUCAAGCGUACAGUAGCAUCAGUAGCCGCGGGGGGUGCCCUAGCUGUGCCCUGGUCAGCGACCGAAGCACGAACAGCGUUACCUGCUGCACUUGGAGUGGCUGGUAUCCCUGCGCUGGUGAUCACUGAUGCUGUCGGAAAAUUACUGACGUCAAAUGGCAGGCAGCAUUUGGCGGCUGAUCCUACAGGCUUGAAUUUCCCGUGGGGCCAACGAGCAGUGUCUGUGUUGACGGAACAGGCGUUGCUGAAGAUGGCACGGCAUCCAGCAGUGGUUUUAUUUAUCGACGACGAGGACUCCGAAAUCGAAUUCGCCGAAUCAGUACUAAUGCCGGCAGCGGAAUCAUACUACGAAGAAUGCAGCAUCCAAUAUCCCGGCUUUUGUCCCUACCAAAACUCUUCCGAUGACGAAAGUAUGGACUUCGAUUAUUCGACAACAAAAUCGUCCAAAAUCAAGAAGAAAUCCUUCAAACACGUAAUGUUUUUUAUAGGAAUAGAAGGAUCGGAUAGUGCUGAUAUGAUCAGGGAACACAUAGGCUUAGACGACGCGGUGCCCAUGUUAACAGCUAUCGAUUUCCCAAAACAACGCAUGGUGACCAUGAAGUUUGGGGACGAAAUUACCACAGAUUCAGUACAGAAUUUUGUCGAUGCUUUCUUAAGUGGCAACGCCGAGUUUAAACCUUUGAAACCCUAUAGUGAUAAAUGUUAAAUAUAAUGGCUUUAUAUUUAAUUGUUUUAGUUUAGUAACCCAGAAUCUGUACUAAGUAUAAUAGAACGUGAAUGAAAUUUUAAAGACCAAAAAAGGUUUUUACGGCUAACUUGAAAAGAGUUUCGUCAAAUAUACUUCGAUACGACUUAAUUCUAUCAAAACAUAAUAUGUUUUGAUAGUUCGAACGUGUAUACAUUUUCCAAACAAUUUCUAUAAUACAUGAAUUAUAUUGAAACUGUGUAUGUCCGUUUAGUUUUAAAUACGGCCAUGGAGCGCUGAUUAGGUUUUUCAAACAAUUUUUAGUAUAUAUUGCUUAACUUUUCGAUUUUAAUUCGUGCUAAGGGCUAAUCGAAUGCGUAUGGUUCAAUCAAAUUAAUCGGUUUUAUUUUGCGAUUGUUUGUACUUUGUAGUCUGUGCGUGUGAACCGGUGCGGUGCGGCCGUUACGUGAACUCAUGUUUGUGUUUAUAUUUAUUCACAAAUAUAUUCUUUUUAUUAUAACUAUCGAAAUACAAUGACAUAAUACUCUGGUCAACAUAACAAAGAAACAUAAUUUAUCACAGCUGUAACUUCAAAUCCCACGACGGUUCUCUUUCUGAGUUUUAGCCACAAAAUUCCCGAAGCUCGAGAUCUGUGAAACAUUUAAUAUCUAUGACGUUAUAUUGGACUAGGUUUUAUAUUUUUACCUUGAGAUAAAUUGUUUAUGAUAUUGACUUUGACAAUUAAUUACUGAACGAUACACAUUAUAAUUAUCGUUACUUCAAAAUUGAAUUGUUAUACACCCUGUAUGGGAUUAUGCGAAACAAAACACGAUACCAAUAGCUUUGUUAAAAAUCCAUGAAAACAUCUCGGCAGAGACACGCUUUAAAUUAGACCGUGUUUUCACCUAUUCAAAUUAAAUAAUGCGUGAAUGCUUUCCAAAACGCAUUUAAAACCCGCAUAUUAAAAUUGAAAUUUUAAUUAAACAAUUAAUUGUUUUAUUUAUGAACUUUUGUUAAAUUGAUCCUUAUUCUACUAUAUAGUCGCUAAAGAUUAUCUACAUUCAUAGCUCAGUUGGAUAGCUAAGUUAAAUGAUCUGGAAAACAGAAUUGAAUUUUUUUAUAGAAAAUUCAUUCACGAUCUACAAACUGAUAUGACUGAUAUAUUUUUUUUAGUUUCUCGUGUAUCCACGCUAGGCGCAGGCUAGUCACUAGUACGUGUUAUUUUUCACAUUUAACGAUUAAUCUGAAGUAGUAAAUUUAAAUUACACGUUGAUGUGUCAGAUUUUUUAUAAUCUGUUUAAAAUGGCCUUAGCAUUACAAUCUUUCGUCAAUUUAUGAUGUUUUAAGUAACUAGGAUAAGUAUUAUUUAACAACGUGAUUUCUGCCCAUUACAAAUAACCUUCUUUAGUACCUAAUAGAUAAUUUGUCAAGUAGUGUUUUUACAAGUGUAGAUUUUGUAGAUUUUUACCUAAUGGCAAUUCUAGUAUUAUUAUUUUUAUAUCUGUGAUCAUCUUAUAUGUACUAAUUUGUAAUUAUUGUAGUUGUUUAUUUAAAAUAAAUUGCGUAAUUA